UGACGGGAACGGAUCGCCGUGUGUGAGCACCGCCCGGAGAGCGAGGGGAUGGCCUCGGUGGGAGAGAGCGGGGGAGAGGGAGGCGGCUGCACACGGUAACCCGCCUGGAAAAGCCUGCGUUAGAAUCUGGAUUUAAAAAUGACAAGGAAAUGUGGGAUUACUCUUUGAAGGGCCAUCAGGCAACAUGUCUGUGUGAAUAGCGACAUGGGUGCCAAUGCCUCAAACUACCCUCACUCGUGUUCCCCAAGGGUAGGGGGAAACUCGCAGGCACAGCAGACCUUUAUAGGAACAUCCUCUUAUUCUAGCCAAGGCUAUGGAUAUGAAUCAAAAUUAUAUAGCCUUGACCAUGGUCACGAAAAACCACAAGACAAAAAAAAGAAAUCCUCUGGCCUUGCCACGCUUAAAAAGAAAUUCAUUAAGCGACGGAAAUCAAGCCGUUCUGCUGAUCAUGCUAAGCAGAUGCGAGAACUCCUUUCUGGAUGGGACGUUCGAGAUGUCAAUGCAUUGGUGGAGGAAUAUGAAGGCACAGCAGCCUUAAAAGAACUGUCUUUGCAAGCGAACUUGGCACGACCAGAAUCCAGGACUUUGCAGAAAGAUAUGGCUGAUCUGUACGAGUACAAAUACUGUACAGAUGUGGAUUUAAUAUUCCAAGAAACAUGCUUUCCGGUACAUCGUGCCAUAUUGGCAGCAAGGUGCCCAUUUUUUAAGAAGUUGCUUUCAUCUUCCCCUGAGUAUGGAGCAGAGGUAAUAAUGGACAUCAACACUGCUGGAAUAGACAUGUUGAUGUUCUCCGCAUUGCUACACUACCUUUACACAGGGGAGUUUGGCAUAGAGGACUCUAGAUUUCAAAAUGUCGAUAUCCUUGUGCAACUAAGUGAAGAAUUUGGCACACCCAAUUCUCUGGAUGUAGAUAUGCGUGGGCUUUUUGAUUACAUGUGCUAUUAUGAUGCGGUCCUCAGUUUUUCUUCAGACUCUGAGCUGGUGGGAACCUUCGGUGCUCAAAGCUGCUUAGAAGAAGAGCUCCGAGCACACAAAGCUAUUCUUUCAGCUCGAUCUCCAUUUUUCCGUAACUUGCUGCAACGACGAAUACGAACUGGGGAAGAAAUUACAGACCGGACUUUACGGACUCCUACUAGGAUAAUUUUGGAUGAAUCUAUAAUACCAAAAAAAUAUGCAAAAGUAAUUUUGCAUUGUAUGUACACGGAUAUAGUGGAUCUCUCCUAUGUGUUGCACUGUAGUCCAUCAAUCGGAAGCCUCAGUGAAGUUCAAGCAUUGGUGGCAGGAAGGCCUAACAUGAGCCGCGCUGAAGAAGCUAUGGAACUUUAUCAUAUAGCACUGUUCUUAGAGUUUAAUAUGCUUGCGCAAGGUUGUGAAGACAUUAUCGCAGAGAGCAUCUCUCUGGAGACGUUGAUCGCAAUCUUGAAGUGGAGCUCUCAGCCUUAUGGCUCUAACUGGGUUCACCGGCAAGCUCUGCAUUUCCUCUGUGAGGAGUUUAGCCAGGUCAUGGUUUCGGAUGUCUUUUACGAACUUACCAAGGACCACUUGCUUACAGUAAUCCAAUCUGACUAUCUGCAGGCAAGUGAACAAGAUAUUCUCAAGUAUCUUAUUAAAUGGGGAGAAUAUCAGUUGGUGAAAAGAAUAGCAGAUAGAGAGCCUAAUCUACUGAGUGGUACUGCACACAGUGUCAACAAGCGUGGGGUAAAAAGAAGAGACCUGGAUAUUGAGGAGCUAAGAGAGAUAUUGUCUCCCCUUCUACCCUAUGUCCGCAUUGAACACAUUCUGCCAGUAAACAGUGAUGUACUGAGUGAUCCUAUGAAACGAGGAUUGAUAAGCACCCCUCCUGCAGAUAUGCUCCCAACCUCUGAAAGUGGGAAAUCCAACUCAUGGUUACGCCAAAAGAAUGCUGGCAUAUAUGUCCGACCACGACUGUUUUCUCCUUACGUAGAAGAGGCAAAGGCUGUGCUGGAUGAGAUGAUGGUGGAACAGACUGACUUGGUUCGACUUAGGAUGGUCAGGAUGUCCAAUGUCCCAGAUACACUCUAUAUGGUUAAUAAUGCAGUGCCACAAUGCUGUCACAUGAUUAACCAUCAGCAAAUGAGCAGUAGCCAGGCAAGCCCUCCGACUGUGGUGGCCAAUGAAAUACCAGUUCCUCCACUUCACAUAGUGAAAGAAAUGAUCCGGCGUCUCCAAGAACUCCGUCACACGGAGCAGGUUCAGCGAGCAUACGCCUUGAACUGUGGAGAAGGCGCUACAGUUAGUUACGAGAUUCAGAUACGGGUUUUGAGAGAGUUUAGUCUUUCUGACUCCGCAGCAGAGCUGUUGCAGAAUCCUCACAAGUUCUUUCCAGAUGAAAGGUUUGGAGAUGAAAGUCCACUUCUGACAGUCCGACAGUCUGGCAGAUGUAGGAUAAACAGCACGCCUGCUCCUGAAACCAUGUUUACGGAUAUAGACUCUUACGUGGCCUUUCAUCCGCCCUUGCCCCCACCUCCUCCUCCUUACCACCCUCCUGCUACUCCUAUACACAAUCAGUUUAAAGUUGGUUGGAAACACAGAGUUCCAAACCAACAUCCAUCCCGUUCCUUCUCUUACCCUUGCAACCAUUCACUUUUCCACUCCAGGACUAUCCCUAAAGCUACACCCCCUGGCUACUUACCGGGUGUAAAAGCCGCACCUCCUGAUUGCACUAAUACUGGGCUCGGAAGGCAAACGGUAGCGGCAGCAGCUGCAGCAGCAAUGGCUGCUGAACAGCAAGCGUGUGGUGAACCUGUUCUGAAUGAGUUUAUGCCAGAUAUUGCAAUGGGGGUGUCUACAAUGUCGCUAAAAGACAGACGGCUGCCUGAAUUAACAAUUGAUACACAGCUUGCCCAGCAAGUUUCUGAUAUGAUGCCAGGUCCACCCCAGCACCUUUCCUGCAUCCCAAGCAGACAUAUGCACAGCUCCAGGAAGAAACAAAUCAUAGAGCAGAAAGUAGAAGCCAGAGAGAACCAGCCAGAGUAUCCAGACUUCUAUGACUUUUCCAACUCCGCUUGUAGACCCUCUACCCCAGUCCCAAGCAGACAUUCACCAUUACCCUCGCAGGGUUUAUAUUUUGGUCCAGAUUUGUACAGUCACAGUAAGCCACCACCAAAUGGAUUAAAAUCUGCUUACCUGUCCAACCAGAUGUCUCCUAAAAAACCAGAAGAAACCAGGAGAGAAUAUAUGUAUUCCCAAGAUGGUCAUCCACACAGACAAAAGCCUGAACCAUUGCACCUCGAUGUCUUAGAACAGCCACCUCAACGAUUGGACUUGGCGCUUGCUGCCCAGGAGAAUGCUAACCAUGGCUCCCAUCAUAGUCGGGGAAGAUCGAAAAUAGAAACUGACUUGACCUAUGGCCUCACCUCUAGCAGACCUUCUCAUUCCGGCUACAGCUCGGACUUACAGGACGAGCGAGUAUUUCGAAGAAUUGUGGAUAGUGAUUUGUUGGAUCACAGCACACAAAGAAACAUGGACCUUGAAAGGGAGGAGGCAGUAGGCCGAGAAAGGAGGUCUCCAAACAAACCCGAUUUUCUAUACAAAAAAUCAGCUCUUUGAAAAUAACCUCUUGACGUUAUCUCUGUGCCUAUAAUUUGUGGGAUACAUUUCUUCAAAGUCGGCCUGAGCCGAUGUCAAGCAAUGCUUUGCAAAGGAUCACCUUUCUCUAAAUUGUGUUACCAUUUCAUAAGUGCUUUUUAUUGGCUGCAUGCUUUGAAUGCUCCUUUUUUUUUUUUUUUUUUUAUUAUUAUUAUUAAUAAUGUUGUUCUCUUCUUAGAAGAAGGGGAAAUUUGGCUGGCACUUUCGUCUUAUUUGCAGUUUUGUUUUGCACCUGCACAUUUUCCCUUCUUCCCUCUUUCUUAUGUUUUGCACCUUUUAUAAUGAUUCAUUUAGAACAUUUUCUUUCUCUGGUCCAAUAUUACGUGGGAGGGUAAACGUAAUGAAAACUGUAUUUUCUAUCAAGAUACAAAGUGUCUAUUUUUUAUUCGACAAAUCCAAAGACUAGCACAUAGGCGAGUUACUGUCGUUACAUAAUGCUUUCAGUGCUGAGAGGGUGUGCAGCACCAUUGCUCAAGUCCCUGGCACAUGCAGUUUACGUUAUUCUGGUAACUUUGUGUCCAUGCAAGUUUUCUAUAUCUUUUUCCUUUUCUUGAAAACCACCUGUAGCUCUGUAAUAUUGAUUGCAAACCUUUGACACAACACUUGUUGUGGACUAAAUUUCCUAAGAUACUGUUCCAGUCAUUUGGUAAAGUAAUCCAUAAGCAGCAUGGA